AUGACAAGAUCAAGCGUGAAUUCCGACCUCAUGCGUCGACCCCGAAACAUGGGGGUUCUCUCCACGCUCCUCCUGCCCUGCAUCCAGGUGCGCAAGCUGCGACGCUCGCGCCGCCAACGUGAUCACCAUACCUCGUGGUCCUGCGCGGGAAUCCCCGAGUUUGAGGAGCAGCACCAGCACCAGCAGCAACAGGGAACCACCGAGAAAGAACUUCAUAACCGAGACACUGAAGGGUACACCGAGCUGUCGAGCUUCCCCGAGAAACCACAACAAGCCGCGACAACAGCAACAACAACAACGCUGACGCACACGAAGUCCAUUCGCCUGGUCAGCUGUGCGGACUCGGAAUGCUCGACGCUGGGGCCGGACGAUGGUCCGAUUCUGGAGAAGGAUGACGAGGCAGGGGACCAGGAGAGGGAGGAUUUCCUGGCGGGCAAGGAGAGCGCGUCCGAGAAUGGGAAUGCGACUAUGUUGUCGUUGCUGUCGGAUGAGGAGACGGAUGUGGAACAGUCGAGUGGUGGUAGUAGUCCGCCGCUGGUGCAGAAGGUCAUUGCCAUGGAGGUGGUCCCGCCUUCACGGCCGCCAUCGCGCGCUGGCGCUGGGACUCCAAAAAGUAAAGAUGAUCUUGAUCUGGAGCUGGCGAGCCGUCGGGUCCCCCAAAUUCCAGCGGCUGAUCGACGGCCCCGGCCGGCGAGUAUGGAGGUUCACUCUUCUACCGGGGGCGCGCUGAAGCUUCCUGAGAUCAAGAGCCGGAUGAUUGACGAUAUUCCGGAGGAUGUGGAGGGGGAGGUCGUCGGCGUUAAGGUCCGGCCGUUGAGACAGGCUGCGAGGAAGAGUGCGGUUCUGAAACCGACGGUUCAGGAAGAGGAGGAGGAUGAAGAUGACAAGAAACGCUCCUCAACCUGGCGACUCAGUCAACGCAAGUCAAUGAUCGAGCUUUUCAGUCUUCUUCAAUCCACCGCAGCAGCCGUCGCCGCGGCCCCGAAGUUCUCGAACCUCAAACUACCUCUCACUCAGAGGUCGCCCUUCCGCUCCUCCACCAACGCCGUCGUCGAUGAAUCGUCCUCCUCGGUAUACUCCACCACAGCCACCACCACCACAACCUCACCAUCUCGAUCAGCAGCAGCACCUCCAAACGCAGCACCACCCACAACGCCAACCAGAAAAACCAAGCUCCCCUCCCCACCACCGCCCACGCCUCCCCCGAAAUCCCCCAAACAACUCCUCCAACAACGCCCCCUCCCGCAGACCCCGCAACGCAAGCCCCGACACAGCAGCUUCCAAGAGCAAAUCUCACCCCCAAGGGUAAUCUACCGCACCACCCCAAGCCCAAGUCCCACCAAGAAACAACGCCGAAUGGGCACCGUCCUCUUUCCUCUAACCUCCUCCUUCCGUCCGGGCGGUGGUAACAACAACAACAAUAAUAACAACAACAACAACUCAGGCGUGACGACAACGCCCACCACCAACCCUCCCUCCCCUCCCCGUCGUCAGUCUCAUCUCCAAAAAAAUGCACAGACUCUUUUUUGCUAG